AGCUAUGCGAACUCUUUGCUCUGGCCUCUUUCAGUAAGGUAGACACAAUCCUUCCCUUCCAACGAGAAACGCUGCUUAUUGGACUAAAACGAAAUUACUACAAAUACAGUUUCCGCUCGGAAGAUUCAAGAUGUGAGGUAAAGUGAGUCAUUCGUUCAAAAGUUCAUUGACACAAAGCUUGUGGACUGUCACCCUUAUAAGUCUCCUAGCAGGCAUGAACCCGGCCUGUUGCACCACAGCUUCCUCUUUGCUUGACGGGUUCACUCCUGCGCCGGUUAUUUUUUGAUCAAACGCAACCAGCGUCUUCGGGAUUAUAUCCUUGAGUUAAAAAAAGACACAAGAGAAACCACGAUGGCCAGUGACUACACGUGUACACUCAAGGAGGAAACUCUUCAGUUGGCAAUUAAAGAACUCAACGAAAAUCCAAAAACUCGCAUCUUGGAAGUCAAAGCUUUUCGGGAACGCAUACUGCAAUAUACAGGACUUCAGCCGCGAACAGACACCGAGUUUCUGUUAAGGUUUCUGCGCGCCCGGAAGUUUGACCAGGAGCGAGCCUUCCAGUUGUACCUGAGCUAUUAUCGCAUGCGCAAGGAGGACCCCAAGAUCUUCACGGGUCUCAAGCCAUCCUGUGUCCGCCACAUGUAUCAGUCAGCAAUGUCCUUUCCACACACGCACCGCGACAGGGAGGGAUGUCAGAUCUACCUGAUCUUCCCAGGAAGACUAGACACGUCUCAUUACACAAUAGAAGAGGCCUUCAAGGUUGAGUUUCUCAACGUGAACAAAAUGAUUGAGGACGAGGAGAAUCAGGUUCGCGGCUUCACCCUUCUGAUAGACUACAGAGAUUUCUCCAUGUCUCACUUCAUGAUGAUGAACUUUGAUUUUGCGAAGAGGGUGUCCAAACUGUGGCAGGAUGCGUUCCCUGCCAGGUUUAAAGCGUGUCUCCUAGUCAACGUGCCGUCUUUCGUUGACAUCGUAAUCACCCUCUUCACCCAAUUCCUGAAAUCCAAGCUAGCUCAAAGGGUCCACAACAUUGGAAGCGACUGGAAAAAGCUACAUGAAUACAUUGACCCGUCAUGUUUACCUGUAGACUAUGGAGGGACACUGCCAGGUCUGCCUACCAACGAGAGCUGGGUUGAAGAAAUGAUGAAGUGCGACGAGAAAAUGGAAAAGGAGAGCAAGUUUGGCUUCGUGGACGACACUCUUGGCAAGGACUCGGACCGCAAGCAGCAAGACGCCAUCACCAACAUGGUGGGCUCCUACAAGAAGCUCAGCACUGACUGAUCUCAUGGCAUCACAAAAUGGUCAAAUAUAGUGAAAAAAGAUGGCAAAGCACUAAUUUGACCUCCUGAAACAAACAUUUAGCCUAAAGUCGAUCAAAUGGGAUAAAACCUUCUUUGCGUUGUACGAUCUCUACAUCUCGAUAGUCCUUGUCUGAUACAUCUGAAGGAUUCGUUUCAGUCUGUCACACUCAUUUAACCGAAAGAUACAGAACAAUUAAAAUAAUUUUCUUUUCAUAUCUAACCAUAGUAAACCCAACCUUGGAAAUGGAGAACACUUUACAGAUGCACCAAAAGAACAAUAACAAAAUAAUGAUAGUCCAGAUCCUUGAACCAACGUGGAUAUUUUAACAAUCUAAAUUAUUUGACUAAUAUUGCUGUUGUUCUGUUCUAGUGAACAGCAUUACAUUUUUAUGAUUCUUGUUAAACAGGCAAUAUUAAGUCAUGUUUACGAGUGUAGUAUUUAUUGUACUUUGACUAUGACUUUUUACUUUCAAGGGAAGAAGAGUUUUAAAAAUCGUAGCCAUACAUCAGAACAUGCAUGUUUUGUGCUCAAAGAUAUGAAUCUGUUGGUAGGUACUAUUCUGAAAAAGUUUUAUAUAUCGUGAUAUUUUAUCAGGGCACAGUUUAUCGUCCUUUUCUUCAUCUGAUGAAAGCACUUGCCUGUAGGACGAAGAUCGCGUUUACCACCAGCAGUAUUUCUCUAUUAUAUCAAUAUUUCGAACAUUUACAUCCCUUGCAUCAUAUAUUUCAAUACUGAGAGAAUAUUUAUACAAAAAGAAGGCUAUGAGGAAAUAAAAAGAUAUAAUUUUAUUGUUUUAUGUCAAUCACUGCAGUUAUAGCCACAAACAAUUCUUAUUGCUUGGCCUUUAUACUAAAAUGUCCCAUACAGUUUGUAUUUACUCUUUGUCUCUACUGCUUUCUCUUUAUCAGUUUAAAAUUACUUCAAGAUAGAAGCUAUUUGAAUGGAUUGAAAGUAAACAAAAAGUGCUUCUGAUAAUGUUUAUUAACUUUUCUUUUGGCAAGUUGUCGAAGGGUUGGAUCAGAAGCAAACUCUAGAUUGCUGUAUCAUGUAAUCCAGUCGUUGUUUAUAGCGCCGUCGUCAUUGUUGUUGUUGUUGUUGUUGUUGUUGUUGUUGUUGUUGUUAUAUUUCUUGUAAAUCAUUGCUCUGCUAUGUUCAGUUUUAGUGGUCGCUGUAUUCUUAGCGUUAGUGAAAUAACUUUUUGUGCUGGAUGUUGCAUUGGUAGUAAUGUAUAGAUUAGCAUCUUAUAGGUUUAGUUUUAUUUCUGCUUUGUUUGAUAUUUUAUACUCUUUUUUGUGUUAUCAUGUCUUUACAUUGUAUUGAAAUGAUUUAUAGGUAUUUGUUCUCCUUUUUAUUUUUAUUUCCGACAUCUGAAAACAACGAUCAAAGCAGGUACAACUAGACUGGCCACACACACUCAUACGAUAGAAAUAGAGUUUAAGUUGUUAAAUUGUGUUUGCAGAAAUAGCAAGGAACGGACAAAGGACAGUCUGACUAUGUGCAAUCCCAGUUUCACUAUGCUGAAUGUUAAAGUAACCAUAAGCAUGACAAAGUACCUAGUAUACAUUUAGUAAUAAUUAAUAUAAUUAAUAUGUACCACAUUGGCGCUAUAACAACUGAAAACACUGUGUAAAUGCCAAUCCUCAAUUCAAACUGACCUGUGUGAUAAACACUGUAAACACUCAUUUGUUCUGAUGUUCGGAGAUUUAAAAGAUGAACACUACUUUGUAAUGGCUUUGAUAAUUUUAAUUAGUGGUAUACAUAAAGAAAAGAAAUAUGUAAAUAAGGAAGAUUUGAUCUCUGGUUGGUAUCUUGUAUGCAGCAUUCAGCUUUAAUCUACUCAAAUGAUGAGGAAGAUGAGUUGAAGUUUUUUUUAUGAAAAAGCUUUAAUAGCUUCUCUCGCUUGAAGAAUAAAAUGGUCAAUUGUGA